UCGUGUGUCUGAUGCUUUGCGGGCUCCCUGUGUUUUUCCUUGAAGCUGCCUUUGGUCAAUUUUAUGGGAAAAGCGCAGCCCAUGUAUGGAGCGUAUGUCCUUUAAUGAAAGGUCUUGGAAUCGGCAUGCUGUUUAUGUCUGGUGGUUCUACGGUUUACCUUACUGUUAACUGUGCUUGGAUGACGUACUACACUGUCACAUCCUGCAGCGCUGUCCUUCCCUGGGCAGACUGUGGUCACUCCUGGAAUACCGAUGCCUGUGUUAGACGUGUUGAAGUGUUGACACAAAGGCCCACUGAACACAACAAGUCAUCCCUCCUGCCAAAAAAUGGCACCAGAGAGCUUGGUGAACGUGCAUGGUUGAGAAACGACUCAUUAUCUCAGACGGCAGCAGAAGAAUUCUGGCAGAACAAGGUCCUUGGCCUAAGUUCUGGAUUGGAUCAACUGGGGAGUAUCCAGUGGGAAUUGGCCUUGUGUCUCUCAGCUUCCUACAUUCUUAUAUUCGUCUGCAUUAUGAAGGGUGUAAUGUCCGUCGGAAAGGUAGUUUACGUGACAGCGACACUGCCAUACAUUUUCCUCACCGUCCUGCUUAUCCGUGGUUUAACCUUACCUGGAGGACUUAAAGGCGCUCUGUUUUUCAUCACCCCAGAUUUCAGCAAACUCCUGCAUAUACAGGUGUGGCUGGAAGCCUGUGUGCAGGUGUUCUUUUCACUCGGCCCGGCGUGGGGAGGCAUUAUAUCACUGGCGAGCUUCAACCCAUUUCAUGCUAACUGUCUCAGGAAUUCAAUCAUCUGUACAUUGGUGUGUGGAGGAACAAGCAUAUUUGCUGGUGUGGUGACAUUCUCCGUUCUAGGAUUUAUUGCUAAUGAAGCUGAUGUUCCCAUCACAGAUGUCAUAUCCUCGGGCCCAGGACUUGGUUUUGUUAUUUACCCAGAAGCCUUGGCUCAACUUCCGCUUCCUCAGCUGUGGAGUAUCAUGUUCUUCAUUUUGCUUUUUGUCUUGACACUGGAUUCGCUGUUUGCAAUGGUGGAAACUGUAAUAUCGGCCAUCAUGGAUGAAUACCCUUUUCUGCUGAAGUGGAGAAUGUCUGUCAAUGCUGUGUUUUGUACCAUAUCCUUCCUGCUUGGGCUUAUAUUCAUCACUGAGGGCGGAAUGUACGUUUUCCAACUGGUUGACUGGUACUUUGGGACCGUGUUCCUCAUCUUUGCCGGUUUCUUAGAGUGCAUAAUUCUGGCAUGGGUCUAUGGAGUAAAUCGUGUCAGUGCCGAUAUUGAACUGAUGAUAGGGAGACCGGCCCCUUUUUUCUUCAGAAUCACCUGGUGUUACAUCACACCUGCUAUGCUUUUGAUAAUAUUCAUCUCCACUCUGGUCCAGUACCAGCCUCCAAAAUAUGGCACAUAUGUUUAUCCCGACUACUCUGCUUCUAUUGGAUGGUGUCUAGCAUCCAUUCCAUGCAUUCCAGUGUUCCUAAUGAUGUUUAUAGCUAUCUACUCGGAGGAAGGGACCAUAAUUCAGAGAUUCAAGAAAUCCCUGAAACCGAACAGUUCCUGGGGCCCUGCCAAAUUGAUGUUCCGGGAAUCAUACGUCAACCGACACAGAAACAUGUCUGCUGGAGACAACUUAGUUUCAAUGACAUCCUGUUAACAGCAGUGUCCUGAUUACGAAUUUCGAAUGUACAACUUUUAGUAUAUAAUUUAACCUUUUGGUGAAUUAUGUAUGAACUAUUUUGCUUUUCAGAGUAUGAUAAAUGUGCAUUCGACAAUGCAUGCAUGCGCAUGUAUGACUUGUUCCAUUUGGGAUAGGUGUUGAGAAAUAUUAUCAAGACAUAUCAAGUCAGUCAAGUAAUUUUGAGACAGUACCUGUUUGAAUUAUAUUUGGGGAAACUGAAAUAAAACAUUUCAAUUGGUAGAUACCAAGAGGUGUAUUACAUGUUGAUUGGAACAUUACGCCCUUUUCAGUCACCCUUAAUAGACAGACAGACAGACAGACAAUUUAUUCAAUAAAAGGCCACUGGCCCAAAAUACAUACAUAUGCAGGAAUACACAAAGCCUGCGCAAAAUUACAUAUUUACAAACAACAAACUUAUAUAAGGUAUAAUAUGCAUCUGAGGAAAUAAUAGAGAUAAAGUUAUGCUGAAGGUUAGAGGUAAUAUAUUUAUAUUAAAGUGCAUUACGAAGGGGGCUGUAGGAUUCACAAAUUAAUAAUACAUGAUAUUCAUUUUCAAUAAAGUACUUAUUUUUAGACAGACAGAGAGGACAGAGUCUUUCUUCAUAUGGUGUGGCAUGGUAUCUUCAAGUAUUUACUGCUAUUGGAAAGUUACUGCAUCUGAAGCGUGAUAAAAUCCUUUUUAAGUGAGAUGGAAGUGGUGAAUGUAAGUAAUAUUCAACAUUUAGUAGCGAUUUAAAAUGUUUAUAGGAAUAAGAGUCAGAUAAACUGUUCACAUUUACACUCCAGGUUUGCUGCAAGUUGUCAAAUAAGUGUCUG